GGGGGGGGGGGGGGGUCUAAGAGGCUUGCAGAAAAAACAAAUUGAGUUCGAACGACAAUCCAACAUACGACAUAGGGAAGAGAUUGAAAAGUUGAAAGAAUCGUUCAUGUCCAAGCUUGAAGAAUUAUCAACCAAGAUGGCACAUAUGCAAGCUAACUUUGGUAGUCAUUCUAGCUUUGGUAGCCAUUCUAGAGUCAAUACAAUAGAAGUUGAGGCACCAAUUGACACUGCUCUAGAAGUUGAGGCACCGAUGGACACUACUCCAAAUGUUGAGGCACCAAUUGACACUACUCCAGAAGUUGAGGUACUGAUGGACACUACUCCAGGAGUUGAGGCACCUGUUGACACUAGUACUUUGUAUGAGACACCUACACCUUCACCUUCUAUUCAUCCUGAGCCACUGAAGAAAGAUGUUAAGUGCAAAUUAUACGUUGGGCAAGGUGGUGAUGUUGUGGCUCUUGGACGGGUGGUGGCUACCAAAGGCAAUGUACAUGGAAAAAUUUUAGCACCUGGUAACUAUCGCGUGGUUGUUGAUAGAUGUCUAGAUGGGAGUGCAAAACUACCUGUCUCAGUUGGGGAUGAGAUGACUCUUGUGGUUCAUGUGGUCAACAGUUAUGUUGCUUGGCCAUCGCAUCUGAUCAUUACUUAUGAUCAUGAACAGGAACCCAAGAGACUAAAGAGAAAGAGGAUUUCAGCAACUUGUCCGCCAACACAAGACCUAAAACAUCCUCCACAACAUCUUCCCACUACUCAAGAAAAGGCAGGAUCAAGUAUGGCUAAGAAGUCGCCAAUUAUCUUCAAGGUUCCCACUGGACUUCCCAUGUUUUUUAAGAUACUUCUGGGUUCAGUUAAGUACGUAGAACCAGAAUUCAUGAUUGACAUUCUUAUGGAGACCAAUAUUAUGGGCGAACAAUAUACCUUAUAUAUCUCACAUGAGGAUAUAGUACACUUUGGAUUUAUGGAAGAAAUCAGCGUGUCUUGCAUUUCAUUCUAUUUCAGUAUAAUAUAUUCCGAGUUUUGCGAUAGAGAGAUAUCACACUUUUUUGGUUUCAUUGAGCCAUCGUGA